GGUUCGUCGGUCAUCAGCUGUCGGUCACGCUUGUCACGUGUCUUGUGCCUGGAAAGUACUUGGAAAAAAAGAACACACGCAAAGGAUAUUUGAAUAACAGUCCUUACAACGACAUCUGCAGAAGUUUGCUCUCAUUUAUUUCCUCAUGCAUUGUCUAAAGCACUUACGAUUGUCCAACGCUAGAAUUUGUCUGACUAGACAAGCCGGGAACUUGCUAAGACCUGGAAGCAACGGUGAGCGUUUGUUCCGAAGACAGCUCCGCACGAGCGCGUCUUCGCCUACACAACAUCCGCAUUUUGAGCAGGUGGUUCCAGACCAGGGUACAGUGUACAGGAAGGGAGUGGGUUCUGGCCAGGAGGACCUGCUGUUUUACACAAUAACUCAAGGAGAGGAGAAGAUCUCUGUGUCUCAUUUCGUUAAUGCACUGCAGAGCACAGGGUUGGUUGCCUCAGACCCACGACUGCAGGACUGUAUGCAGCAGCUUGACCAAGCAGUGCAGGAGUCAGCAGGUACAGCAGUGAUGGAUCAGGAGCUUUUCAGGAAAUGUGCUGCUAAUAAUAUAAUACUACUCACUGAAGCCUUUCAGAAGAAGUUCAUUAUUCCAGACUUUAUGACAUUUAUAGCCAAUAUUAACCAGCUGUACUACAGUGCACAAAACCAGCAAGGUGGCCAGGUAGCAAACUACAUCCCACAACUGGCUAAAUUCAGCCCUGACCUGUGGGGUGUGUCACUGUGCACAGUCGAUGGUCAGAGGCACUCUGUAGGGGACACGAGGGUUCCAUUCUGUUUGCAGUCUUGCAUAAAGCCACUUGAGUAUGCUCUGGCAAUCCACGAGUCCGGGACUGAGAAAGUGCACCAAUAUGUGGGAAAAGAACCAAGUGGCGUUAAAUUCAACAAAUUAAAUCUAAAUGAGGAUGACAAGCCUCAUAACCCCAUGGUUAAUGCAGGAGCCAUAGUCAUCAGUUCUCUUAUAAAGCCUGAGGUCAAGAAGGCUGAAAAAUUUGACUAUAUGAUGGACUAUCUGAAAAGAAUGGCAGGUGGAGAGUAUGUGGGCUUCAGCAAUGCUACGUUCCAGUCAGAAAAAGAGACUGGUGACAGAAACUUUGCAAUUGGUUAUUAUCUGAAGGAGAAAAAAUGUUUCCCUCAAGGGGCAGACAUGAUUGCAGCACUUGAUUUCUACUUUCAGUUGUGCUCCAUUGAGGUGACGUGUGAAUCAGCGAGCAUCAUGGCUGCCACUCUAGCUAACGGUGGAAUCUGUCCAAUCACAGACAAGCGUGUGUUGAGCGCAGAGGCUGUGCGAAACACCCUCAGUCUCAUGCAUUCAUGCGGCAUGUAUGAUUUCUCUGGCCAGUUUGCCUUCCAUGUGGGCUUGCCAGCUAAGUCAGGAGUAUCUGGCGCAGUGCUUUUGGUAGUUCCUAAUAUCAUGGGGCUUAUGUGCUGGUCUCCACCAGUUGACCGUGUUGGCAACAGUGUACGUGGAAUUCACUUCUGUCAGGAACUGGUUUCUCUUUUUAACUUCCAUAACUAUGACAACCUGAGACACUUUGCCAAAAAGCUGGACCCUCGCAGACAGGCGGGUCAUGAGAGGAAUAAGGCUGUAAUUGAACUGAUGUUUGCAGCAUACAGUGGAGAUGUCUCAGCACUCAGGAGGUUUGCAUUGUCGGCCGUGGAUAUGGAACUGAGGGAUUACGACUCUCGGUCUGCUCUACAUGUUGCUGCAGCAGAAGGUCAUUUAGAAGCUGUUAAGUUCUUAACAGGGACAUGCAGAGUGAAUCCACAUGUCAAGGACAGGUGGGGAAAUACACCGCUGGAUGACGCUCUGCAGUUCAGCCAGGACAGCGUGGUGGAGGUGCUGAAGCAGUACCAGUGCAUUUACUCCCACACGCUCCUGCCUGAGGUGAUCAGCCCACAAGCACCCAACGGUUCUACGCUGGACGCAGAGGACCUCAGGAGCAUGGAGUUGCUGGAGGGGCAAAUCCAGGCAUGUAUUGAAUGUUUGCUGUGGUCAAUGUGUUUGAGGUCAUCCUCCCAAGCUGGCAGUGCAAAAGCUUUGCAGGAAUGAAAAAAUAAAUAAAUCUGCCCUCCUCUUCAGUUAUUAGAACUUAGGAAAGUAAGUAUAUCUGACUCCACAACCAUCUUUAACCAGGGAGCUAUUUAGUGAUUAUUCGGAUGAGCUGCUGCAACACUAUGCGGGCAGGAGGCGUGACAAUGUUCUAUCCAAGCAUGAGUGCAGAACCAUCUAUGACAAUAAUCAGCUGAAAUAACUUGAAUUAUUUUGUUUUUUCUAAUAAAUCACAGCUUUAAAAAACUAAAUAUGAGAAUAUGAGUGCCUACUGUAUGUCCAGGACGUUGCCCUUUGAUGAAAACCAUGCUGUCAUCAUCAAAGCAGCCUUUAAAACAAUGUAACGUGUAUCUUAAUUCCAAAAUAGGUUUCAACUAUAUAAAAAGACUGAAACAAGUUCCUCGUUCAUGUCAAAGUCUCCAUGAGCUGCUGAUUGUUCUUGGAAAAUUUAUGUGGAUUUCAAAUGUGUUGAGGGACUGAAACGCCUUUGUGCCAGCUAAAAAAAGGAAAGGACAUUGCAACACUUGUAGGGUAGUCAGUGAUUAUAUGCCACAGGGCCUGUAUCAAAGAUGUACCGAUAAUCAGUAGAGUACCAAAGUAUUCGCAAUAUUUGUUUGAGGUUUUGUUCAUUUUUCCAGUGCAUUAGGAACUCACAGUGAAGUCAUAUAGAGCCAAGUCAGACACCAUGGUGGGUCCGAAUCACAAAACAAAAAAAAAUGUUUUUUACUUUCUUCCUCUCCAAUCUC